CGUACAACGCACAUCUCAUACUCCUUUAUCAACAUUUUAUAUAACAUUCCAUUAAACAGUUUUACAUAAAUAUACUUCUUGUUCACUUAUCUAACGUGAACAAAUAUAUAAUGACGUUUACAAGAGUCGCUCACGUCUUUGUACCCAAAGAAAAUCGCAAUUUUCCACGGAUAUCAGAAGAGUACUAGCUGUGCAUGUAUUUGUAACAAAUCGACGAACUUACUGCGAAUGUCAUUUUGACAUAAUGACAGCCAAUUCCACAUGCGUUCGUGCGAAGAUAAUAUCCUUUCCGACGUGUGUAAGGAAACGAAUGUCGACGUUACGCAGAACAUCGGAGAAGUUCCCAAGCCGGGGGACGUUGAAACGUGAUCGAUCAUAUCUGAACAUCGGCUGUAAAGCAAGCAAUUGAAAUAAUUGCAUUUAAUGAUGCCGAUUGUAAGCCGAUUCAAGAGGCUUGCAAAGGGAAUCAUUUAAAAGCAAUUAUUAUUAUGUUCGCGUAGCAAGCGUAGCAAGCGUAGCAAAUCUAGCAAGGAUGAAAGCUUCACGCAGUCUUCUACCAAUGGUCUACUGAUUUGCGCAAAAUGCUCUUCGAUGAACGCAACUAUAGAAUCAAUAAAGUUCUUCUGUCGUGGAUCGGCCAGUGGCCAUAUCAAACAAGCAGAAGAAACAGCGCUAUUAUUGUUAUUAUAGUGUUCUUAGCUGGUACACAAAUUGUCGCCAAGAUAUGCGGUUUGUUCUCCAUUAAAGAUAUGGAUGUCUUUAUUGAUUCCCUCUCACCACUGGUGGCCGACUUAGGCUGUGGAAUCAAGUUCUUUAUUUGCAUAUUAAAGACAACGCAGAUAAAGGCGCUUUUCAAUCAGAUACGAGACGAUAGGCAGACGUUAUCGACGUGUGAAAACAUCAAUAUUUUUGACAGUUACGCACGCAAGGGACGCAAAUUUACAAUUAUCUACGGGGGUUUCGUUUACUUUGCGCUAAUAUUAUUCAUGUUGGUGCCGUUGCAACCGUUAUUACUUGGCUCCUCGAAUGAUACUCGUCCGUUGUUACACGAAGUCAAUUAUUACAUCGACAUGGACAAGUAUUACUUACCAAUUUUGCUUCACGGAUAUAUCAUGGUCGCCAUUAUUGUGACCAUAGGUGUUGCGACAGAUACAAUGUUUGUCAUCAUGGUGCAGCAUGUUUGCGGACUGUUAACGAUCAUCAGACAACAGGUGGAUAACAUAAUAAAGGAGGAGAAUCUAAUGAUGGAUAUCAAUCCACCUGUUAUGAACGAUGAACCAUAUAAAAACAUAAUAAAGAGUAUUCGCGCACAUAAGAGAGCUUUAAGGUUUGCCAAUCUCAUGGAAGCCGUGUUUAACCCGAUGUUUCUCGUCAUGGCAGCUUGCAACGUACUCGUUGUAAGCAUGACAGGCGUUACGGCACAGCAGCUGAUCGACCACAGCAUAUACAUUCACACUAGCUUAAUAAAUAUGACAUGGUAUCGCACCUCAUUCAAGACAAGAAAAAUCUUUAUUUUUAUGCUGAUGAGAACAGAAAAACCUUGCGUCUUAACAGCAGGAAAAAUGUUCGUUAUAUCCAUGGAUACUUUUACUACGAUCGUUCGCAUGUCUAUGUCCUAUUUCACAAUGCUGCGAUCGAUGCAAUGAUUAAUUUGCUUCUCUACUUCGUAAAUUGAUGUAUGGAUCCUCCAGAAGACAAUGACGACAUAAUUGUAGUAUCUUUAUUUUGAACUUCAACUUUUACAC